GCAGUUCUCCGCCGCAGCCUCAGCGGGCAAGCGCCGGGGCUGCUCUCAAUCUCCUGGCUGCGAGGAGGCAGCCCCGGCGAGCUGUCGUGCGCCCCGUCCAGAGUUACUGAGUGCGGGGCACAGCGUAACUGACAGCGCGUCUGCUCACAGUUCCCGUCGCCUGGACUUAGCUUUCCAACCCCGGCUUCUCGUGGGCAUCAUGUCAAGAGCCGUCGCCGCUGCAACCGCCGCCGCCACCCGGGGAAGAGCCGCAGCCUCGGCAGCCGCGCGCGCAGGAGGGCAAUAAACCGAAUCACUCCGGGCUCAAAGUGGCAGGGGACCGUCGCGGUGCUCUCUGUUCCGGCGGGACUCCUGCCAUGUGCUGAGCCAUGCCCCUGGCCGCGCCCGCGGGCCGCGUAUGGGGCAGCGCCUGAGCGGCGGCCGGUCCUGUCUCGAUGUCCCGGGCCGGUUCCUGCCGCAGCCGCCGCCGCCCCCGCCGCCGGUGAGGAGGAAGCUCGCGCUGCUCUUCGCCAUGCUUUGCAUCUGGCUGUACAUGUUUUUGUACUCGUGCGCCGGCUCCUGUACCGCCGCUCCCGGCCUGCUGCUCCUGGGCUCGGGGUCCCGCGCUACUCACGCUCAGCCAGCCCUGGUCACAGCUCCGAAUGAGACAUCCCCUAAGAUGCCCUUCCGGGCACCUCCGGCCAAUUCGCUGGCUGCAGGCAAGGAUAAGACAGUAGGCGCUGGGAGCCAGGAGGAGCAGAGUCCAGAGGCGCCGGACUCCCCCAGUCCCAUCUCCAGCUUCUUCAGCGGCGCUGGGAGCAAGCAGCUGCCGCAGGCCAUCAUCAUCGGGGUGAAGAAGGGCGGCACGCGGGCAUUGCUGGAGUUCCUGCGCGUGCACCCCGACGUGCGCGCCGUGGGCGCCGAGCCCCACUUUUUCGACCGCAGCUACCACAAGGGUCUUGCCUGGUACCGAGACUUGAUGCCCAGAACCCUCAAGGGACAGAUCACCAUGGAGAAGACGCCCAGCUACUUUGUGACCCGGGAGGCACCCGCGCGCAUCUCGGCCAUGUCCAAGGACACCAAGCUCAUCGUGGUGGUGCGCGACCCGGUGACCAGGGCCAUCUCGGACUACACGCAGACGCUGUCCAAGCGGCCGGACAUCCCCAGCUUCGAGAGCCUGACGUUCCGCAACCGCAGCGCGGGCCUCAUAGACACGUCCUGGAGCGCCAUCCAGAUCGGCCUGUACGCCAAGCACCUGGAGCCCUGGCUGCGCCACUUCCCGCUCGGCCAGAUGCUCUUCGUGAGCGGGGAGCGGCUGGUCAGCGACCCGGCCGGCGAGCUGCGCCGCGUGCAGGAUUUCCUGGGCCUCAAGCGCAUCAUCACCGACAAGCACUUCUACUUCAACCAGACCAAGGGCUUCCCGUGCCUCAAGAAGGCGGAGGGCAGCGGCAAGCCGCACUGCCUGGGCAAGACUAAGGGCCGCGCGCACCCCACCAUCGCGCGCGAGGUGCUGCGGCAGCUGCGUGACUUUUACCGGCCCUUCAACCGCAAGUUCUACCAGAUGACCGGCCGCGACUUCGGCUGGGACUGAGUCUCCCCUCGCAGCUUAUCUAUUGAGAGAGAGUAUAUGUAUGUAAAAUGUACAGAAAUCUAUUUUAUAAUAAUUUAUUUUUAAUUCACGAGCAAUUAAUUCACUAAGCUGCCUAGCCACAAUCUGCAGAGAGUUCGAAUCACGGUCUGUUAACAUUCCAGAGUGUUUAACUCCGAUGUUUUGUUCUGUCCCUCACAAUCGAUGGUGCUUCCAUGUUCUCUUCCCCCUCUCCCCACUGUAUUUAAGAAGAAGAAAAGCACAACUUGAGAAUUUUUGUUACGGGUAUUCAGCCUUCAGUCACCUUGGGUCUUCCACCUGCUAUCUCCUUGGGUCUUGGCUGCCUCAGCUGGGUGUGGUAUUUUCUUGCCUGGAUACCCUCCCGGAAGCACUGAGCUGCCUCAGUGUGCUGUAGUCGGAAGGUGGAAUUCACUUAAGCAGUUCAUUACCCUCAGUGACAUAGCACCUAGGUGCAUUUCUCCCGCCUCCCUUACAGGGAUGUCCUUAUGACCCCGACUCCCCUCCUCCUCCUCUACCCUCCGUCCAUUAUUCAGCUGGAAGUGUAUGCAAACACUUGAUCCCUUUCCCAGGUCCCAUGUGUCAGAGGCUUGGGUGCUGCUUUAAAAAAAAAAUGUGACAUCUCCUUUGCAUAAGAGGGUGCCACACUCCUUUCUUCAGUCAGACAGUCAUGCUAUGACACACCAAAGAGUCUCCCAGGAUUCCAUACAUAGGCAGCAGCACAAGCCUAGGAUGCUGGAUGUUGAGGCCCACAGGGGUCAGAUGGAUCUCUUGACAUUCAGCAUUUAUAGAAGUGUUGCUCUGUGUAGACCCACCUAGUGUUGGGCAGGAAGCUCAUGGCCUCAGUAGAGAGAUCUGGCAAGCAGCCCAGCAGAGGAAGAGGGUGCCCAGCAUGCCAGCCAAAAGCCUCUGAGUUUCUAGCCCAUCCCAGAGAUUAUGAAAUGGUCUAGGCAGUGUCCACAGCAGGCUUUGAAGGAUGGGCCUAUUGGGCCCAGGCUGGGAAAGCUGGCUGCGUGCGGUACUCGAAUCUGACUCUUGUGCAGCGUCCUCUGAGGUAGUGGAGUCUUAGCAGAGAAGUCCCCAGCUUUGCUGCUAAUAUGUAGAUGGUACUCCCUGUGCCUCUGUGUUGGGAGGACACUGGAGGGUCCUUUGGCUAGUUAGUGGCAGUUGGAUAACUGUACUUAGAUGACAUCAUGAUAUAUUCAGUUAAUCUUCAGUUUCUUAAACCAGAAGGCUUCUACCCCCCAAAGGAUUGGUGUCUGAGUUAGACUUUCAUCAAGAAUGAGUAGAUGGUUGAAAUGACUGCAUUGUGAUCUUUGCAGAGGCUUUUUUUUUUUUUUUUUGGAUACUUUUUGGGCUAACUUGACAGGAUAAGCAAAGUUACAUGGAAAGAGAAGAUAUACUGUCUUUAGAAACUAGUGAGAGAGGUGUCUCUAGGGAUAUUUUGAUAACCAAAUUUGUGGUUUUCUACAAGUUAUAGCCCAGCAUGAAUUAGCUCAUUCUGGGCCACAAAAUGGUCCCUGGGCUAUAUUCAUCCUUUAGCUGUUACAUCCAUUUCUUCCCUCUUUUCUUUUUUCUUCUGCAGAGCUGGGGGUAGAAUCCUGGGCCUAUUGCACACUAGGCAAACACUGAGCCACAUUCCCCAGCCCAUUUCACAGUCAUUUGCUCAUUUUCUUCUGUCCAUACUCAGCACGGUGUACAUUGAGGCCAACCCCACACUGUCAGCAGAAUCCCCUGGCUGGCAGGUGUGUGGAGACGCCUGCACGCAAGGUGCUCACCCGCCUGUGCUUUUCUGUGCAGAAGGCUGUUUGACAUCAGAACAAGGCUCACUCCCCUCACGUACAGCAGAACCUUGCUCCCAGCCAGAGGCAGUUGUCAAAGGCCUUCACCAAGGCUUGCUGGCUGCUCCCGGAGUCUGAUGUGACACAUGAAGUAGAAGAGCAAAAAGAGUUCAGAGAAUGGUACAUAGCCAAGUGGGGGAAGGGAGGGGAGAGAUGUGUGAGCCUUCCUGUUCUCUUUCCAAGCUGGACACCUUUUUGUUUUUUUAAAUUCAGUCGUUUAUUUUUUUUAAUUAUUAUUAUUAUUAUUUGCUUGAGAAUAUAACAAAAACAAGACAUACUGAGGUAGAAGGAAGUCAUUUAGUCAUGAACACUGAAGUGAGUUAGGAGUCUGUUCUGGGUCAAAUCCUUGGAUCUGAGCAGAUGUCGAUAAUUAGUGGUGAUGGAGCAGGGUGAGGUUUUCAGUGUUAGUCAAAUAAAUCAAACAACAUGUGCACCUCUUUGGUCAGGCUCCACUGCUUGUAGUCCCUGGAUGAUUGGAUGCUGCAUCUGCCCAAGAUGCCGCUCCAUCAUCAUGUGAUAGUCGUUACACACAGGGCCUCUUCUCGGAGGAGUUAGGGAACAUGGAGAAUUAAGCCUUAGGUCUGUCUCUUCCUUCACUGGCCAUCUGCAAGCCCACUGAGUGUCACUUCUGAGCUGCUAGGCUGCUAGGAGACAGACACCAGUUCAUGUCCUGGCAGUUUGUCCUGCUACAUGUUUGGUAUUUUUUAAAUUUUUUAAUUUUUUCUCCAGUUUAUAGGAAAGCUAUGGCAUAUUCCUGGUGUACUUUAUUUCUGAAAAGUUUCAUUUCUUUCCUUGUUUGAAAACAAAAAAGAAAAGUUUUUUUUCCCCCCGUGUUUGUUUGUUUUUUUUUUUGAAUUCCUAUCCAUGGAAAGCCUUCUCUCUGGGGAUGUUUGCAUGUAGGUCUGUGCUCGUUUACUCUGUAGCACCUACAAAGGUAACUUCAGGCAGAGUGACUAUGGAAUAAAGUCUGCAUUGAGUGGUGGAGAGAUGUUCUGGGGGGAGGGGACUCUUGGGGAGUUCUUCUCAGUGAUGAAUGCACUUCAGUCUUUGGGAGAAACCCAGGUGUAGAUCAUGCCUGGCUGCUCUCCUAAGAACCGAAAAUGGAGGCUCCAACAAGUCAGUGAGAAUCAGAGGUGUUGAUGUGGGCGCUGGGGGGUCAGUUCUCUUUUCAGUUUUCCAUACAAAUGGUUAAUGAAUUUUGAAGGUGUGGUUAGUUUUUUAUUUCAUUUUUAUAACAUUAAUUUAUGACUUGAGUUUCAUUCAGCCCAGUAAUCAAAAGUGCUGUGCAAAUUCUCGCAGUAUGUCUUCUAUAACGUGGAUGUUAGAAUAGCCAAUAUGUACAAAAAAGAAUUAAAUCAAGUAUUUUGUCCUAUGUAUAACACAAAUUAAUUUUACACAGAGAAAGAUGUUUCUAGGAAAAUGAAAUUCUGGUAAUUCAUACUUUUUCUUUGUAUGAACAAAUAAAAUAUAUUUUACCAACAUGUGAGUAUGUUCCUAUUUUGCUAUGUACAUCGGUUGGAAAAUUUAAUAUUGAUAUUUUUAUAUUUUGAAAUAUCUAUUGAUAUUUUUCAAUAACUUGUCAGGUGUGGCAUAUUUACACACUGUCAAAGGCAGGUAGAUUUUUUUUGGGAGGGGGAACUUCUUUGUUGUUUGUGUUUUUGAGACAGUCUUACACUGUAGCAUAGGCUGGCUUCAAACUAACAGCGUUCCUGUGUCAGUCUCCUGAGUGCUGGAAUUACAGGCUCUGCUGAUUUUUCAGCCUAAUUUGUUAUUACAUUAAAAUAACUCUGUUUAGGGUGUGUGUGUGUGUGCACAUGUGUGUGCUGUGUGUGUGUACCUGUAAUAUCUGAUUCCUAUCAUGUAGUCUCAGGGUUGAACACAGGUCAUCAGAAUUGGUAGCAAGCACCCUUCCUUACCCACUGAGCCAUCUUGCCAGCACUGAUUGUUCAUAUUUUUAAAAAGUGAAGUAACAGAAGCCAAUUGAUCCGUAAGUAUUGUGGAUGGAUUUUUCUCGUAAAUGGCUGUGAAAGCCAGAGUGUAGGAGCCCUGUGCUCUGGAGAGAGCUUCUACCACCCACCACGUAUUACCCAAAUACUCAGGAUCCUACCAGCUACUGAGGCCACUGUGUGCAUGGGCUUUCGGAACCAAGGUGGAUAGGAGUGGGCAGCCACAGAUACUAUGACAGUGUGGGGAGGGUAUGCUGCAUGGCCGGUGAAAUCGCGCUGUUUCCUUCUCAUAUCUGCUGCGUGUGCUCAUGGCAAAGUGGGACCUUUAUCUGUGAGGAAAAGGCAGACUGGACAAGACAAUGCAGAUCUCCAGUUUUUCCAAAACCACCAUAGAUUUCUUCCCGACACAGCAUAGCAUCUGCAUGAUUACAGGUUUUUACAUUUAAAACAAAACAAAAAAAAAUUCCAACCGAUUCUUAUUGCACUUAAGUUUUUAAAACAAAAACCUGUUUUAUUUUCCCAGAUCCAGAAGUUUGCCUGUUGCACCAACCUUGCUUCAGGGUAGCCUUCGUGUGUGCAGAGCCUUCUGUCUGUAGCAUGCGAACACAAAUGUGUAUCCCAGGCGCUGUGCU